GUUCGGAAGACAAGUCAGGCAGCAGUCUUGGUACUACUUGAACAAGAACUUAUUGACAAGCAAGAUGUGGAAGAUUAUGUGUGUCCUGUAAUAAUUCAACUCACUGGAUCUGAAAGUUCAGAUGAUUACAGAACAGAAGCUGUGGCAGUGCGUAUGGCUGCUUUUCAGGCCUUGGGUCCCUUCAUCUCUACAUUUGCAGAUCCUGGUAAAACAGGUUUAACUUUUAAUGCUGAUGGAUCGAUUACAGUGAAAGCUGAUGCAGAAGUACUGUGUGAACCUACUACCUCAGAUAAACCUCACAGGACUCAUAAACAUAAAAAUAAACAGCAGGAUAUGUUCAUGGAAGUGGACGAGAGUUCGGGAUCAUCAUCAGCCAAGAUUUUCUUGACGCGGAGUAGCAGUCCACCGACAACGGAAAGCGACAUUAGUGAAGCUGAAAAGGAAAUUGCAGUUGAUGAGAAUGUGCAUAUGGCAGUUGGUGAAUUAACUUUUUCGGUUGAGGCAAGUGCGAGUGAAACAGAAAAACCUGAUGAAAAGGAAGAAUUCAAUUCAUUUAUGUUCUGGCGUGAACCACUUCUGUCUGUCGACGAUGAAAUUUACACAUCUUCAACCAGUGUUACAGUUGGAGACUUUUCGGACGAAUCAAAUGACCAUAAUUCUUCAAGAGAUAAUACUGAAACAGACAGUGAUAAAGUUCAAAAUAGUUGUGAUGGGGAUCUUGUUGAACAAGUAUCCGAGGUUCAUCUGGAACCUGCGAACAAAUGCACAUAUGAAGUUAGCAAGUUAACAGGGAACAAAGUGGAAGUGAAGGAGGUUGGCAGCCCCCUGACUGCCAGUGUGUGUGAUGUGAAUGAGGAUACGGCAAAGGAUAAGAAGCUGCAUACGGCAAGUGUGAAUGAAGUGAAUGAGUUGACGGAGACUGUUCCAAAUAUUGGUAGUCAGCAAGUGCUUCCACAGCGGCUUAAUGAGAACACAAUGACAAUUGUCAAUGGGAUUACAAGUACUCAGGAUUUAUUGGAUGGCACUACAAGUGAGGGAGAAAGUGAAGAUAGCUCAGUCGAUGACGACCAGUGGAGGAAACAAGAUGUGAUCCCGCAUGAUCUACUGGAAAACUAUCUGUCAAUGAUUGAUCCCCAGCGUGCACAGACAGUUGACACUGAAAUUGCCAAACAUUGUGCCUAUAGUUUACCUGGUGUUGCCUUUACAUUAGGGAGAAGAAAUUGGCAUUGUAUAAAAGAUAUUUAUGAAACAUUAGCAUCUGACAUGCAGUGGAAAGUAAGGCGGACACUGGCUUUCUCAAUUCAUGAGAUGGCUGUUAUUUUAGGAGACCAAAUCACGUCUGAUGACCUGGUGCCAGUGUUUAAUGGCUUUCUUAAAGAUCUAGAUGAAGUCAGGAUUGGAGUUUUAAAACAUUUGGCUGAUUUCCUUAGGCUUCUGAAUAAAGGUAUGAGAAAGGAAUACCUGAUUAGGCUUACAGAUUUUUUACAAACCGAUAACCAAAGAAAUUGGAGGUUUAGGCAUGAAUUAUCACUGCAGUUGGUCGCUUUAUGUGAUUUAUUUUCACCAUUAGAUGUCAUUGAAUAUAUCUUUCCUAUAGCAAUAACGUUAGCAGGGGAUAGAGUAGCUGAAGUUAGGACACUCGCUUACAAAUUGCUCAGUAUAAUUCUGAAGAAACUACGAGAUGACAAUAGCCUUCAUAAAAGAUUCAUAGAUGACAUUGUAAAUAGAUAUGCAGAAAGCAAUAGAUGGUUUGGAAGGCAAACUUUUGCUCAUCUGUGUCAAUCACUGUUAGCAGAAGAGUCACUCUGUGAGGAUGACUUUGCAGAGGAGCUAUUACCCCAUCUGCUAGAAUUAGCAAGGGACAAUGUGCCAAAUGUACGCCUUGCAGUAUCUCGAACACUGGCCAGUCACGUUAUACCCUCAGAUUACUUCUGCAGCAAGGAGAACCCCAAAUAUGAUGCGUUACAGUAUGUGUUUGUACAGUUACAGGAAGACGCUGAUCGAGAUGUUCGCUUCUAUAUGGCUCAGUCCAAUAAUAUGUACAUCAAUUUUGCUGAUGGAGAUAGUGAUGAACCACCUGUGUAAUAAGAAUAUAUCAAUGUUUCUUCAAUCAAGUACCGUCGUCACAACCAUCAAUGAGUCUUCUGUAGAUUGAACCUUUACUGUGGCCUUUCCUGUUUGCCUGUAGUGACUGUUUUGUGGUGCUUUUCUUUUAAGGGGGAUUAAAUGGUUAUUCAAAAUGUGUGCCCUUGCAAUAAUUAAAAAUCACUGCUUUGUUGGCAGUUUAAUUAAACUUAUUUGUUGUGUGUCCCAGCAGUUCUCGUAUUGCUUUAGCUUUUUUUUUUUUAAGUUGUGCAUUUAUGUAAUUGUCCCCACAAAUGUGUAUCUUUGUGUAAUGAACUUGCAAAAUUAGAAAAAAUUUAAUGCAAGACAUGAACUUGAUCAGUGAGUCUCUUUACUAUAUUGCUGGAUACAUUAGAUUUUUAUUAUGACAGUCUUCAAUGUCUUAGCUUGUCAGUGUUUAACUUAACAGUACUUUACAAUCUCAAUAAAAAUAACUUAUCUGCAGUAAAUGUGUGCAUUAUACAGUAUAUUUGUACCAUUUUAAUAAUGUCCAUCUCCCUGUGUGCAAACAGAAUCUUGUGCAAGCUACAUUGACAUGUGUGCUAAAUAAUCUACAGUAUGUGGAUUGCUUGUCACUUUAAUGUAUGAUUUGUAUUGUCUAAUAAAAGAAAGUAGUAAUGGCUUUCCAUGUGCUGCAUCAUCCAUAGUUAGGUGCUAAACUAAACCACGUUUUCAUUUGCUGUAAUUUUAUGUCUGAUUAUUAACUUGUUAUACUCCUUGAACUUAAUAUGCAAUGUAGGAAGCAGCUCAGGUAAAACUAAUGUCCACUUGCAUUGUUAUGCUGCUGAUUGCUUCAAUAUCUCUCUAGGUCUUAUUUACAAUACAACUUUAGUAACUGCUUUUUGUUCUCGGGAGUACCAAGUUGGGCAUUUAUUCACUAAUUUAUUGUAUUGUCUCCAAAUGUAUUUAAUGUGUGGAAAUUAUCCAGUCUGGCAAGUUCUCCAUUUUUUGAGUGAUGUUUAAAAGAGUCAUUAAAUUGAAAAAUAUUUGUAUAAAACAAUAUUGUAGAUACAACUAAAAUACUGAUAUUUUUACUCUGGGAAGUUUUAGUGAUUUCCGAAAUUUUUUCAAACUACAUCUCCAAAUUCUCUAUUUUGGUAAGGGCAAAUAUUAUCUUUUGCUUAUUUUUGGUUAUCAUAAAAUCAUUUACUCAUUUGGGCUAUUUUGGCCUAAAUUGCAUCAUUGCCAUGGUUUCAGAUAAGCUGAUGCAGCUUUAGAUUUGUCUUUCAAGAAUUGUAAUUUUUUUUCUGCCUUUUUAUGGUAUAGAAUUUCUGUAUGGAUUGUACUACUUUCAUAUUGAAAGAUUUUCUCAUAUUCUUCAUCUUGUCUUGUAGUAUACAGCUAAAUACUUUAAUGUCUUGUUUACAUGGGAUUAAGACUUUGAUGAAACUGUCUGUGACCAAUCCUCUUUUACCAAUCAUUUCCACCCUGCCUCUUCAAACAACUGUUGAUGAAUCAGUUGAUGAAGUGAAAGUAUUUUGCGACUUUACAUACUUUUUAAACCCUUGACAAGCCAAACGAUGUGUAGCAUACAUAAAUCUCUCGCAAUAGUUUUGUCCCCUUUUCACGCGGAUCUGUAUGUAAUUUUGUAAAAAAUAAUUUCUUGAUGCAAAAUGUCUUAUAAAAUAACAAUAAAGGAACUUCCCCAUGAAA